AUUUCUAACAAAGUUUUGAAGUUUUUCACGUUGGCCACGGCCACCACAUCUAUCACUUCUUCCGCCGUUAUAUUAUCAUGGAGAGUACAGAACUUCGCAGAGUUUUUCAAAUGUUUGAUAGGAAUGGAGAUGGGAAAAUAACAAAGAAGGAGCUCAGUGAUUCCUUACAGAACUUGGGAAUAUUUAUUCCGGAUGGAGAUUUGGUUCAAAUGAUAGAUAAAAUAGAUACGAAUGGAGACGGGUUCGUCGACAUCGAUGAGUUUGGAGCAUUGUAUCAGACGAUAAUGAAUGAGAAAGACGAGGAAGAAGACAUGAAGGAAGCAUUCAAUGUGUUUGAUCAAAAUGGAGAUGGAUACAUAACCGUUGAUGAAUUGAGAUCGGUUUUGGCAUCACUGGGGCUCAAACAAGGAAGAACCCUUGAAGAUUGUAAGAGAAUGAUAAAGAAAGUGGAUGUUGAUGGAGAUGGAAUGGUGGAUUAUGCUGAGUUUAAACAGAUGAUGAAAGGUGGUGGAUUUGCUGCAUUACAAUGA